CAUAUAAGGGGGAGCAGGAUCUGGACAGUUGGUUUGCACAGAGCCAGAGUGUACCACGGAACUGGCAUCAUGUCAUGGUCCGUGGCAUGGGCAGGUCUGACCAUCCUGUUGGUGACCCAGGGGGGUUCUGCUGCAAAACUGGUCUGCUACUUCACCAACUGGGCCCAGUACAGAGAGGGGGCAGCUCGCUUCAUGCCCAGGGAUGUGGACCCCAGCCUGUGCACCCAUCUCGUCUACGCCUUUGCCGGCAUGAACGGCCACCAGCUCAGCACCGUGGAGUGGAACGAUGAGGCUCUCUACCAGGAGUUCAACGGCCUGAAGAAGACGAAUCCCAAGCUGAAGACUCUGUUGGCCGUUGGAGGCUGGAACUUCGGCACUCAGAAGUUCACAGACAUGGUGGCCACGGCCAACAACCGUCAGACCUUUGUCAACUCAGCCAUCGCGUUUCUGCGCAAAUAUGGCUUCGAUGGCCUUGACCUUGACUGGGAGUACCCAGGAAGCAGGGGAAGCCCUGCCGAAGACAAGGAGCGCUUCACAGCCCUGGUACAGGACUUGGCCAGCGCCUUCCAGCAGGAAGCUCAGACCUCAGGGAAGGAACGGCUCCUUCUGAGCGCGGCUGUCCCAGCUGGGCGAAGCUACGUGGACGCUGGAUAUGAAGUGGACAAAAUUGCUCAGAGCCUGGAUUUUCUCAGCCUCAUGGCCUACGACUUCCACGGCUCUUGGGAGAAGGUCACAGGACAUAACAGCCCCCUCUUCAAGAGGCAGGGAGAGAGCGGGGCAGUGGCCGAAUUCAACGUGGACGCAGCUGUGCAAUACUGGCUGCAGGAGGGGACCCCUGCCCACAAGCUGGUCCUUGGCAUGCCCACCUAUGGACGAUCCUUCACCCUAGCCUCCUCGUCAGACACCAGAGUGGGGGCCCCGGCCACAGGGCCUGGCACCCCAGGACCCUUCACCAAGGAAGGGGGGAUACUGGCUUACUAUGAGCUCUGCUCCUGGAAGGGAGCCACUGAGCACAGGAUCGAGGACCAGAAGGUGCCCUAUGCCUUCCGGGACAACCAGUGGGUGGGUUUUGAUGACGUGGAGAGCUUCAAGACCAAGGUCAGCUACCUGAAGCAGAAGGCGCUGGGCGGGGCCAUGGUCUGGGCGCUGGACCUGGACGACUUCAGCGGUUCCUUCUGCAGUCAGGGCCGGUACCCCCUCAUCCAGACCCUGCGGCGGGAGCUGAGUCUUCCAUACAUGCCUCCAGGCCCCCCACAGCCUGAAGUCCCCACAUUGGGCCCACCCUCUAUGCCUGAGCCUGGCCCCAGCCCAGGACAAGAUACCUUCUGCCAGGGAAGAGCUGACGGACUCUACGCCCACCCUCGGGAACGGUCCAGCUUCUACAGCUGUGCAGGGGGCCGGCUCUUCCUACAGAGCUGCCCAGCAGGCCUGGUGUUUGACCCUUCCUGCAAAUGCUGCAACUGGAAGUGACUGCCAAGGCCCCCCCGACCCGUGAAGCUGGGGCCUGGGGUGGCUCCAUGGGCUGCCUCCCUGCCUUUCCCUGGGCUACAGUCUGGGUCCUACCGGCCUCUCUGGUCUCCCCAUAUCCAAGCUUUCUGUGAGUCUGGGUCUCCUGGGCUGCCUCCAUCACUUGCAAAAUAAAUCUUUAGUUUGCACCCUGUCUCCCCAAA